AUGGCAUCAGCAGCAGGUCCAUCCACCAAGCCCAUCACCCCGCACUACUGUGCCAUCUGCUCAUUACCUACGGAAUACUGUGAAUUCGGUCCAUCCUUCUCAAAGUGCAAGACAUGGUUGGAGAGCGAGGAUAAAGAUGAAUACGAGAGAUUAUGGGGUGAAGGAAACCUCGCAGCCAGGAUCGGUACUCUGUCAGUGGAGGAACAAGAAAAGCUAGAAGCGGACGCCGUCAAAGCUGAGAAGAAGGCUGCGAAAAAGGCUGAAGCUGAAGCUAAGAAGAAAGGAGAGACCAAGAUCAUCAUCAAACGAUCCGAACGUACCAAACGAAAACAUCAAACCCACGUUCAAAACUUGGAAUUGUUCGGUAUCGAUCUCAAGAAAGCUGCUAAGUUGUUCGCUGGGAAGUUCGCUACUGGUUCGAGUGUCUCAAAGACCCCUCAGGGUGAAGAGGAGAUUGUCAUCCAAGGUGAUGUAGGAGAUGAGAUUGUCGAGAUGCUAAGAGCGCAAGUGGGUGUACUCAAGGGUGCUCCAGCAGAUCAAGUGACGAGGGUCGAAGUGAAGAAGAAGAAAGCCGAAGACGAAGCUGCUGCCUAA